AUGCUCCCGAAAAUUGAGGAACUGACCCUAGAAUGUAACAUCGACGAAGCUAAUGUCGGAGUCCCAGGGGUCACAACUCCAGAGAUGGAAGCCAAGAUGAGAAGGAUCCUGAAACGUCAUCGCAGCAUCUUCCUGGGAGAUGGCAACGCAGCCCCAGCCCCGGCUAGGGCAAAACCAGUAGCUUUACAUGCGAGGCAGAUUGCCGCACCUUUCUUGGUGAAGGUGUUUGAACUCCUGAAGAAGUUGUUGGAGGCGGAACUCAUUGAGCACUCAGAGUCCGAGUGGUCCUCACCUAUUGUGAUUGUGCUAAAGAAAAAUGGCAUAGACAUCCCGUUAUCCUCUACAUCUGAUCGAUGA